UUUCUCUUUUUUUUUUUUUUUUUUCUGAGUGUUCUCUCUCACUUUAUAUCUCUGCAACUUUACUUUAUUAUUCCUUCUUCUUCUCCUCUUUGGAUUUCUGGGUUUUUUUGGUUUGUGUGGAAGUAAUCUGAGCAGCUCAGUUCACAGGAGGAUUCAACAAUGGCUGACAUUACCCACCCUCCCAUGGAUCAGCUCCAAGACCUGGAGUACUGCAUAGACUCCAACCCUCCUUGGGCUGAAACCAUACUUCUAGCAUUUCAAAACUACAUCAUGAUGCUUGGUACGAGUGUAAUGAUUCCUUCGGCGCUGGUCCCUGCAAUGGGAGGAAGUGAUGGUGACAAAGCACGAGUCAUACAAACGCUACUCUUUGUUGCUGGAAUUAACACCCUUCUCCAAGCGCUUUUCGGAACCAGGUUGCCUGCGGUAGUUGGGGGGUCCUUUUCUUAUGUCAUUCCCAUAGCUUAUAUUGUGAGCGACCACAAAUUGCAACGGAUUGCUGAACCUCAUGAAAGAUUUAUACAAACAAUGCGUGCCAUCCAAGGAGCUCUAAUUGUAGCCUCCAGCAUACAAAUCAUUCUGGGUUACAGCCAAGUUUGGGGUCUUUUCUCAAGGUUUUUCAGUCCACUUGGCAUGGCACCUGUAGUUGGAUUGGUUGGCUUGGGAUUGUUUGAACGGGGUUUUCCUGCGUUGGGAAAUUGUGUGGAAAUUGGAAUUCCGAUGCUGUUGUUGGUAAUUGGGUUGUCUCAAUAUCUGAAGCAUGUGAGACCAUUUAGAGAUGUCCCUAUUUUUGAACGGUUUCCAGUAUUGUUUUGUGUCACGAUCAUUUGGAUCUAUUCCCUUAUCUUAACCGCCGGUGGGGCUUACCGUGACAAGCCUGUUAGAACCCAAAUCAGCUGCCGCACAGACAGGGAAAAUCUCAUAUCUACUGCCCCAUGGUUCAAGUUCCCAUAUCCUCUGCAGUGGGGUCCUCCUACAUUUUCAGCAGGUCACUCAUGUGCAAUGAUGUCCGCAGUUCUUGUUUCAAUGGUUGAGUCAACUGCUGCGUACAAGGCAGCAUCAAGAUUGGCAAUUGCCACUCCUCCUCCUGCUUAUGUAUUGAGCCGGGGAAUUGGCUGGCAGGGCAUCGGUAUUUUGCUUGACGGACUUUUUGGUACGGGCACUGGUUCUACUGUUUCUGUGGAAAAUGUCGGACUUCUUGGACUAACCCGAGUUGGAAGUCGUAGAGUUGUUCAAAUUUCUGCUGCAUUCAUGAUAUUCUUCUCAACCUUAGGUAAAUUUGGGGCUGUAUUUGCAUCGAUACCCUUCCCGAUAUAUGCAGCUUUAUACUGUGUUCUCUUCGGCCUCGUGGCUUCGGUAGGGUUAUCAUUUCUUCAAUUCACAAACAUGAAUUCUAUGAGAAACCUCAUCAUCACCGGGCUCUCUCUCUUCCUUGGGAUAUCUGUCCCUCGCUUUUUCAACGAAUAUUGGAACCCCUCGCACCAUGGUCUCGUCCAUACCAAUGCUGGAUGGUUCAAUGCAUUCCUGAACACUAUAUUCUCAUCUCCUCCAACCGUGGGGCUAAUCGUGGCGGUGUUUCUUGACAACACUUUAGAGGUGGAAAAAUCGAAGAAGGACAGAGGGAUGCCGUGGUGGGUUAAGUUCAGAACAUUCAGAGGAGACAACAGAAAUGAAGAGUUCUACACGUUGCCGUUUAACCUCAACAGAUUCUUCCCGCCUACAUAGCAGCCGGCCGGCACGAUCAACGGAAGUUGAGUGAGAUCAAGAGCUCCACCCAAGCUUAUCUAAUUGCAAAUUAACAAUGAUUAAUCAGGUUGAUUAGAGUAGUAAUAUAUGAUCCGAGGAUAAUUAAUUUUAGCAAAUGGGAAUUUUAUUUUAUUUUUAAUUCGGCUUGUCAAUUUUUGGGGACCUUUGUGUCAUAGGGUUCAGUUAAAGGUAGGGGAGAUUGUAGGGCAAUUGGUUGGUCCAUAUGCUGCUUUUUGUAGACUCAAAUAAUAAAGGAAUAUAUUCUCCUUCUCUUAA